GACGGCAGCAAAAGCACAAACGCGCACGCUCAUACGCAAACCACACAACCCAUGGAAGCGUCCCUUGCCGCCGCCGCCGUCGGCUUGUUCCCUCCACCGCGAAUCCGCAUCCGAAUCACCAAAUCGAGUCCCCUCCCACGCCAUCGGUGCCUCCAAUCCGGACCCUCCAAGAUCUGGACCUCCGGUUCGCGGGCAUGCCUGGUCGCGGCCUCCGCGUCCACACCGCCGGCGCCGGGAGGCGGCCUCUACUCGGCGGCGACGUACGAGCUGACCCCGGAAAACGUCGACCGCGUCCUGGACGACGUCCGGCCGUACCUCAUCUCUGACGGGGGCAACGUCACCGUCGUUGCCGUCGAGGACGGUGUCAUCUCCCUCAAGCUCGAAGGAGCUUGCGGCAGCUGCCCCAGCUCGACGACGACGAUGAAUAUGGGCAUCGAGCGUGUGCUCAAGGAGAAGUUCGGCGACGCUUUCAAGGAAAUCCGUCAGGUGUUCGACGGGGACCAGCCGGCGGCGGAGACAACGGCCGAGGCGGUGAACCGGCACCUGGACAUACUGCGGCCAGCGAUCGCGAACUACGGCGGGAGCGUGGAUGUGUUGGCCGUCGAUGGCGAGGACUGCCUGGUGAGGUACGACGGGCCGGAAUCCAUCGGCAGCGGUAUCAAGGCGGCCAUCAAGGAGAAAUUCCCGGACAUCACCAGUGUGGUGUUUACCCUGUAAAACACCGACUGGGGCUAUGCAUAUUCGGGGCAGUCCACAGCAAAUGAACAUGCUGAUCGAACUUCAUACUUGUAAUUUGCAAAGAUUUUUGUGUUGUGGGCGGGCGUCUCAUCCUUGCAUUUGCGAUGGUGCGGUAAUUGCACAUCUACUCAGUGCGGAUGUUUCCCUUCCCGUCACCUGAAUUCAGUUGAUUAGGAAUUUCGUUUCAUCUCGAUCUGGCAAUGAUAUUGUGCAGUUGAGGUCGUGUAAU